CUCCUGCCGGAUCGACUCGGAAUACAUUCGUUGUAACACCAAGGCCGCUUCCGGUUGAAGAGGACACGUCACUUUUUCGACUGAGGAAGAGGAGCUGUGCAGAACUCGCUCAUUGACCCCGUUGGUACAAAUUAAACGGCAAAAUCAUGUCGAACUCGGUCAUAUCGGUUAUUUCUCGGUUUCUAGAGGAGUACACCACCACGACGACCAACAAGCUGAAAGUGGUGGACGCAUAUUUGUUGUACAUCUUGUUGACAGGAGCUCUGCAGUUCCUCUACUGUCUGCUCGUCGGCACCUUCCCCUUCAAUAGCUUUCUGUCGGGAUUCAUCUCGUGUGUGGGCGCUUUCAUUCUCGCAGUGUGUCUUCGUAUCCAGAUCAACCCACAGAACAAAGGAGACUUCCUGUCCAUCUCCCCAGAGAGAGCCUUCGCUGACUUCCUAUUCGCUCACACCGUCCUCCAUCUGGUCGUGAUGAACUUCAUUGGUUGAAAAAGACAUGCAACUGACUCACAGUGUCCUCCCCUCUCAGAGAUCUCGACGAGAUGUUAUCAAAACUCCUCCUCAGGACAUGAAGCUGCACCUGCUUUGUGCCACAGAGUCCUAUUCCUACAUCAACACUUAAUUAGUUACAUAUUGUCACACAUGAUGCAGUACAAUUUUCUUACAAAUACUGAUUGAUUUCUUGCAUUCUUUUUAUUUUUUUUUACAUUUAAAUUUGUAAAGCAUUCCCUUUUGCACUGAGAAGAAAUAAAACAACUCAAAUGGUGACACUGAGAAUAA